AAUGGCGCUCAUCGAUACGGAAAUCAAUCAAGUUGUGUUGUACCUAGGAUCUGGUAUUACUGGGUUAAUUUUGUUGUCAUGGCUGUCUCGUCGUGUAGGCAAGGGAAUUAAGAAACGAUUCUUUGCUUGGCUUAUGGAUCGAUCUUGUAAAGCGAUGUAUAAACAAGUUAGAAAUGAAAAGGCGAUCCUGUUCGACUCAAUGACUGGUCUUCGCGAUAAACUGAACCGGGAUUUGGUAAUUUGCGAAAUUGGUUCUGGAAACGGAAUGAAUUUUAAACAUUACCCACGUGGAUCGAAGCUGAUUUGUGUGGAACCCAAUCAGUACACUAUAUCCUACUUGGAAGAAAAUAUCCGUGACAGAAACCCAAGUCUUACGUUAAAGGAGUUCAUCUGUGGCUUCGCAGAAAACAUGCCAGGAAUUGAUGAUGGCAGCGUUGAUGUCGUUGUAUGCACCCUGGUACUUUGCUCUGUUAAAAGCCAGAAGGAAGUCCUGUCGGAAGUUUUACGAAUAUUGAGACCGGAUGGUCAGUUUUACUUCAUGGAACAUGUAGCAGAUCGGCCAGGAACAUUUCUACGGAAGAUGCAAAACUGGUUUACACCGGCUUGGGAGUUUGUGGUCGAUCGCUGCCGUUUGAAUAACGAUGCACGUGCAGCGUUGGACGAAGCUGGUUUUACGUCAGUUCGUAUCACAGACUUCAAAUACCCAACUUGGUUUUUGUUACUCAAACCAUGGAUUUACGGAGUAGCUACAAAAUAACAAAUAUAUACAUUGCAGAUGAAGUAUUUAAUUCUAGAACUAUUCAGGAAUAAUACAAUGAGUAGUGACGGCGAAAUCAUAAAUGCAAAUUUAAUAUAUAUAUAUGUGUGUGUGUGUGUGUGUGUGUGUGUGUGUGUGUAUUCAUUCAUUCAUUCAUUCACUAAAUAACGUUGCAUUCAUAUACAUGUACACGUACGUAAAAGUAUGUAUAUUU